AUGACAAUGGGGGCCGAUAGUACCGUCAAUCGUCAAACAACUGCAGUGCCCGAAGGAGGUGUCAGUGCCCAACCUACUCCCGCCAACAAUGUCGGUGGUGGAGAGGGAUGGGGCGACAGGCUCUGGUUAGGUGGCAAACACGGGGGACCAGGUCACGCAAAGGCUACCAAUCCCAGAUCAACAAUGGGCGACUUCCUCGCUUUAAAUGAUCAGAAGACACGUGGGCAAAGUAAAUUCGUUCAACGUCAGAACUUGGUUGAUAACAAUGUUGCGCCGAUGAAUGCCCAAGGCGAGCCGACUUGUGCCACCGAAGAUCAUUCUUUUAUGCGUCGUAAGGCCGGUGACCCGGAUACUUAUCCUGGAUGGGGUGCAUUCAAGAGCUUUUUCGGCAUGUGA